UAUCCGCUGUACCGACUGGGGUUUCUGCCACGACACCGGGAGAAGACACAGUAUUUGUGCAGAAUGUCAUCAGAAGAGGAGAAAUACUCACUUCCAGUUGCGCAAAAUGAGUCUGAUCGAGGCAGUUCUGUCUCUUCAGAUCUUCAGGAAGAGUAUGAAGAACUACUUCGUUACGCUAUAGUCACUCCAAACAUUGAAUCCAGUGCUUCCCAGUCGUCGCACCCUAAGGGAGAAGUGGUGCCGGAUGUUAGAGCUCCUACUGCAACUGAUAGUCUUCAUAAACAAGGAGAGAACUCUGAAUUAAGAGAAAUGCCAGUGGAAGUUAGAAAAGGAUCUGAUUUCAAUAUUUCAAGUCAUUCCAAGACAGAAGCGUUGUCACCGGCAUUAUCACCAAAGAAGCCUUCUCAUCCAGUCAUGGAUUUUUUCAGUUCACAUCUUUUAGCUGACUCUUCCUCACCAGCAACUAAUUCUAGUCAAGCAGAGGCCCAGGAAGCAGUUGUGAACGAUUUCCUUCUUUCUGAUGAAAAUCUUCAGAAGGUGGAAAAUGUACUUGAUCUUUGGAGUUCGGGUCUUAAGACAAACGUCCUAUCCGAAUUAAGUAAAUGGAAACUUAAUUUUAUUGACUGGCACCGAAUGGAAAUGAGAAAAGAGAAAGAGAAACAUGCGGCACUUUCAAAACAGCUGCAAAACCAGAUCAAUGAAUUGAAGGAGCUGCAAAAAACCUUCGAAAUUUCCAUUGGGAGAAAAGAUGAGGUGAUUUCUAGCUUGUCCCAUGGCAUAGGCAAGCAGAAGGAAAAGAUGGAGUUGAUGAGAACAUUCUUCCACUGGCAAAUUGGCCAUAUCAAAUCCAAACAGGAUGUCUAUGAAGAUAAACUAGCUGACCAGUACUUCCAGAGAAAUUUAGUGAAGAAAGUCUGGAAAGGCUGGCGUUCCAUAAUACAAAAGCAAUGGAAAGAUGUGGUGGAGCGAGCUUGUCAAGCAAGAGCUGAAGAAGUUUGUGUCCAGAUUUCCAAUGAUUAUGAAACCAAAAUUGCUAUGUUAACUGGUGCUUUGGAAAAUGCAAAAGCUGAGAUUCAAAGAAUGCAACAUGAAAAAGAGCACUUUGAAGAUUCCAUGAAAAAAGCUUUCAUGAGGGGUGUAUGUGCAUUAAAUCUUGAAGCCAUGACUAUGUUUCAAAACAAAAAUGAUACAGGAAUAGACUUUACAAAUAAUAAAAAGGAAGAAUAUGGUCCCGGGGUUCAAGGAAAAGAACAUCCUGUUCAUUUGGACCCUUCCGCUCCCGUGAUGACCUUACCAGUUGCGUCACCACUGCUGCCAUCCCCACCAGCAGCCAUCAGUGCGACCACUGUUCCAUCUGCUACUUCAAUGACUUCAGCCGGGGCCGCCACCACGUCUUCUGUUCAUGUUCCGGUGUCCCUACUUGUCACAGGACCUGCUACUACGGCUACUGUUAUACCAGAAGAAAUGUAUGUGCCAAGAGUUGUAACUUCUGCACAGCAGAAAGCUGGAAGAACAAUCACAGCCCGGAUCACGGGGAGAUGUGAUUUUGCUACAAAAAAUAGAAUUAGUAGCGGUUUAGCUAUAAUGGGAGUUUCGCCUCCCAUGAGCUCGGUUGUUGUGGAAAAACACCAUCCAGUCACCGUGCAAACCCUUCCUCAAGCAACUGCAGCAAAAUAUCCCCGGACCAUUCAUCCUGAAAGUAAUCCCUCAGCUUCCAGAUCCGUGGGAACAAGAUCAGCGCACACUCCGUCUCUCACAAGCGUUCAGUCCAUAAAAGUGGUUGACUAAAGUGAAUACGUUCAUGGUGAGGUCUUCUCAUUCCUCUGCUUCUAACCGAGAGCUGGAAGUCUUUAGUUUAUACCUUCUCCAUAUUCUUAGGAUAUCAUGGAUACAUGAAGUUCAUCUUUCCAAAACUCCAGGAGAUUUUUUUUCAAGCUCUACCAUCUUUUGUAACUAUAUGUAGAAAUUAUUUUAAUGUUAUUUUUUAUUUAAGGAAUUAAGUAAAACUUUUUUAACUUAAA